CGAAUGGCCGAGCUUUAAGCGACGUGUCGAGCUUGGCGCGACGUUUGCGACGCUCUCUCGCGACGGCGGUCAACUUUUCGGCGACAGUUUGGUAUGCGAAAUCGAAAUUACCUCGCGUAUUCCGCUGUACGUCGAGUACGUCUCGUCGAGCGAAUACCGGCGCUCGGUGACCGUGUCCGUGUCGCUGAUGACGAACGUCGUCGUGGUCGUCGCCGCCGUCGUCGUUGUUGUUGUUGGUGUUGUUGUAUUGUAAUAGCAUGCGAUGACGAGUAAUAGUGGUAGUAUAGUAGUAGUAUUAGUUUAGUGGUAGUAUCGUUAGCGUCAUUCAAUUCUUCGGCCAGAGCCAGAUACAAGUUGAACGCGAGCGUCGUACUGCUAUGGAGCUUCGCUCGUUAUCGUUACCUUUACGUUUUCGGUGGCCGCCGAUACUCGAGUACUUUUCGUCGCCGCCAUCGCUACGGCCAGUAGUGUGAGUUCGCUAAUCGUCCAAACUGCGCCGCGACUUUUUAGCCGCGAAAAGCUGUGCGAAAGUUGACCUAUCCUAUCGUGUGUCGCAUCAGGCCCUUCGAAUCCUUGAAAAAUUACACAUGGACCUACAUCGCGGUGCCUCGAAAUAUGCAUCGAGUCGAUUAUUGGCAAAACUACGAAAAUCAAUUUGCCUUCACUUCGAAUAAAGCCGUCGUCGCCGCGCUACCCUACUCGAACGAAGUGAAAUUUCAAAAAAAAACUCGCUUCUAUAAAUUAUUAUUACUUACGUAAUUGUCUACACCUUAUAGUUACUCGAGCUUGAAAUGUGAGUAAUAUUCGGAGAUGUAUCUACGUCUUGUCGAAUCGCGCGCGAAAUUUCGAAAUUAUACGUAUCUUCGUCGUCUUCUUCGGUAUCCGUGAAGCGAUCCUCUUCAUUGGUGAAAAAGCUCAAGUGUUCGCGCGAUUGUGUAUUUAUUAUCUAUUGAGUGUUUGUGUUUGUGGUGGUUUCGCUCAAUUCGGUGUAAAUAUACUCGUUUUUUCCCCCGACGUUAUGAUAUAAAAAUUCGGUUUUUUUUCUCUCUCGUGGAAGCUAAUUAUGGCUAUAUCUAAAUGCGGCAAAGGAUACUUCGGUAGUUGGGUGUUGAAGUUCGUUCCUGGUUGCACGAAUUGGAUUUUUUACUUUCUCAUAUGUUUCUAUUUAAUUACAACGAGCUGGCAAACCAGUGACAGAUAUGGACCUUGUUGUAACGAUACGAUAUUUUGUCACGGCAAACUGCUACACACGAUACAGAUGGCGGGCAUCUACACCGAUUCGAAAACAUUCGUAGACAUGAAAAUCAAAACAUCGCCGGCAGACGUGCUGCAAAAAUUCGAAGUCCUCAUGAACGAGACAGAAAGCAUGCCGACCAAGCUGGAAAUCCAGAACUUCGUCAAGGAGAAUUUCGAUCGAGAAGGAAGCGAAUUCCAAGCGUGGGAUCCGCCGGAUUGGAAACAGAAUCCGGAGUUUUUAUCCAAAAUUAAAGAUAAACGUUUCAAAGACUGGGCCACACAUUUAAAUUUAUUAUGGAAAUUUUUAGGUAGAAAAAUUAAAACCGAUAUCAGAGAGCAUCCCGAACUGUAUUCGAUAAUCUACGUUCCGAACGCGGUUAUCGUUCCGGGCGGAAGAUUUCGCGAGUUUUAUUAUUGGGAUUCGUAUUGGAUCCUUAAAGGUUUAAUACUUUCCGAAAUGACGGAUACGGUGCGCGGUAUGAUCGAAAAUUUCCUACAUAUUGUUAAAACUUACGGCCAUAUACCGAAUGGCGGACGUAUUUAUUAUCUAAUGAGAUCCCAUCCUCCGCUCCUGUUGCCGAUGAUACAGCUGUACUACGAACAUACGAAAAAUCUAACUUUUAUCGAAGAGCAUAUCGAUACGAUGGAGAAAGAGUUUGAAUUUUGGAUGAGAAAUCGUACGGUGAAGAUCGAAAAAGAUGGCAAACAUUAUACGCUGGCGAGGUACAAAGAAGGAAGUUAUGGACCGAGACCGGAAUCGUACAGAGAAGAUUACGAAACUGGAAGCACAUUUUCUGACGAAGAAGAUAAAGAUGAUUUCUACAGCGAAUUAAAAUCAGCUGCUGAAAGCGGUUGGGAUUUUAGUACGAGAUGGUUCAUUGCUAAUGGAACUAAUAAAGGAAAUCUUACGAAUAUUAAAACAUCGUACAUAAUUCCGGUCGAUUUGAAUUCCAUGUUGUAUUGGGACGCUCGUAUCCUGAGUAAUUUUUACUCGCUGCUGCAGAAUCCCAAUAAAACCAUGAAAUACGAGCAGAUCGCCAAAGAGUGGCUGGAGGCGGUUGAACAAGUACUCUGGCACGAGGAAGUCGGCGCUUGGCUCGAUUACGAUAUAAUGGAUGAAAUAAAACGCGAUUAUUUUUAUCCUACGAAUAUAGCCCCGUUAUGGACCGGAUGUUACCAUAAAGAAAAACAGGAGUACUACGUGUCCAAGGUGUUGAAAUACCUGGAAAGGACUCAGGUUAUGAAUAACCUGGGAGGUAUUCCUACCACUUUGGAGCAUUCCGGAGAGCAGUGGGAUUUCCCGAAUGCUUGGGCACCGCUGCAGCACAUGAUGAUAUUCGGGCUGGACAGUACCGGUGAUUCGUGGGCUCAAGAGCUCGCCUAUGAAAUCGGAUUACGAUGGACUAGGUCUAAUUGGCUCGCGUAUAAUAAGACUAAGACUAUGAUGGAAAAAUAUGAUGCCAGCGUACCCGGUGGUCACGGAGGUGGCGGUGAAUACGAAGUACAAAUGGGUUUCGGAUGGUCAAACGGUGUGAUAUUAGAAUUACUAGAUAAAUACGGAGAUCGUAUGACAUUGACUGAUCAGUUUGAAACUGAUGAUAAUGUUAAACCGAUGAGCGAAGGCACGAAGAUUACAAAUACGCACUUUCUCACGAUAACAUCACUAUUAGCAUUACGUCUUGGACAUGUGUUUUAAUCGCUAUAUCAUUUAGGUGAUAUCAAAAAGUCUGAGAAAACGUGCAAAAGGACAGCUUAAUUAAUCACCAUUUUCUCGUCGAAGUUACGUGUGUAUUGGUGAAAUACAUAUAAGGCUGAAACAUUUUAAACCGAAGUUUAUAUUUUUAGUUUGUGUAUUACCAUUAUUAGGUAUAAAAUUACAAUCUUUUUUUUAUCGCUAGCGUGCACUUCUGUUUUUUCGACUGUUUUUGUAAAAUGCGUUGAAAUUCAUCGCAAAAAUUACCAGUAUCCCUAGUAUUAAUUAUUGUAUAAGUUUUUAGCAACGUUUGCAUUUUAUUUCUUGUUUUUUUUUCUUUUCUUUUUUUUUUGUAGCACAUCUGCAAGAUGUAAGCAUAUAUUUUUUUCCUCAAAUGUGAUAUUAACAUUUAUAUUUUCAAAUGCGAACGUUUCCUUCGAGACAACCACCGAAACGCAAUGAAUGAAUUCGAAUGAAUGGUAUUUCUCUUUUAGUGAAUAGAAAUAAAAAAAAACCGCGAACUGAAUUAAUUUCUUUCAUAACGUAAAUAAUUAUUUAUUGAAAAUGUUAUGUAUAUUUUAUUUAUUACCUAUCGUGUACAGUUUUCUCUGUUUUUUUUUCCUUUGUCAAUUUACUUAAUCAGUUAUGUGUAAAUUGAGUAGAUGUCACAUCACAUUCAAUUUUUUUUUAGUUUUUUUCAUUUAUCAUUUCUCUUUCUCUUUUGUUUUGUAAAAAUAUGUAUGUUUGUUUUACGCGUUUAAUCGUAUUAACUAUGUAGUUUGUCGAAUGAUACUCUUUUUUUUUUUUUUUUUUUUUUUUUUUUUUUUACGAAUUAUUGAAGCGAAACCGUUACCUACCCAAUUCUGAAAAGACUACAAAAAACAAUUCGAUACUCUUAAGCGAAAAAUUGUGCUCAUGCCAUAAUCGCAAAGUGUAUACACGCGUUAAUUGACGCAAAUUCUUUUGAAUUUUUGGCAACAUUUGUUACCUAGAGUUGAACUUUGACAUUGUUACUCGAGUCAAUACGUAUGAUUUCGUUGAACUGCGAGAAUACGAGAUCUAUUUUUAUUAUUAGCUCGUUGUACCUGCGAGACAUGCGACGGUUUCGCUACAAAUUUAUCACCUAUAAUUUUCUUCUAUUUUAUUUUUUUCCCCUCAUCUUCUCUUUUUCUCUCUACCACGUAAUGUACGUUUAUUAUUUGCUAUACUGUUGAAGCGACAAAAAUCAUGAUUGAAGUUCCUUCUUACUUUCAUACCCAUGAAGGCUUUUCAAAUGGCACCGGAUGUAGCUCUCAUUUCAUCGUGUUGAACGCGCACAUCAUUUUUUAUUUUUAGUCCAGUGGUGCAACGAUUAUAAUCGAUGCUACAUCGAUCAUUUCGCCCCAAAAUAAUGGAUUAAUCGGGCAGAAAUUUUGCUAUUCUGUUAUUGAUUGGAAUAAAGUUACGUCAUCAAUUAUUUUUGAACAAUUAUGUGAACUGUUUUUUAUUUUCGUUUUUUUUUUGCUCAAAAAAUCAUGGCGAUGAAAGAAUUUAAGGGAGAAAUGGAAUAUAAAGCUUUUCAUAAGAAAUUAAUACCUACUAUAAAUGAAAAAAUAAAAUCAACUCUUGAAGUAGGUACCUAAUUAGAAAAAUUAUGCAAAGGUCCAAUUAAUCGCAUUGCGGACGAUUAUACUAAAUAAUCGACGAAUAUAUUAAUCUGUUAUAGUCGAUUAAAACAAUUGUAAUCGUUGCACCUCUGUUUUAGUCACACACAUUCGUUCACUACAUAAAAUAAUUACCUGCGUAGAUUUUAUAUAAAGAUAUUCGUGUUUACGUACAAUUUUGCGUGUAACAUCGAAAUGUAUAGAUAUUAUAAUAUGUAUUCGUUUUAGUAAUUUUUUUUUGUUGAUCGUAUUUUUACGUAUUCCAAUGCUACAGUGUUGAAACAUUCUUAAAAUUUGUACUACGUACCUUGAAAAUAUAAAAUUUUUCCAACCGAG